UCUCUUUUCUUCUCCUUCCUCACUACCCGACUAGUAAAUAUAAUUAAAUUUUUUUUAAUUAUUUGUCAUAUUAAUGAGGGAAUAACUUUUUGUUCAAAAAAUUUGUUUGGCAAAACCUCAACUACUCUGCAAUAAGCACACGAUUAAUCUCCCCAGAAGCGUUGAAAUCGUGUUAACUGAUCGGUUGAGAAGUGUUUCUCUUGUUGUUGUUGUUGUUGUUUUGUAUUAAUAAUCCCACCCCAUUGUUUUUUUUUCUCCAUAAAAGGAAAUCAGAAGAAAAAAAAUAAAGCAAUUUUAAUUUAAUUCAGAAGAAAGAGAACGUACCUUUGAUUAAUGAAGUCGCCGGCGUCGUUUCAUUCGUUCGGAGGGAGUAGUUCCAAGCUUUCUAAUUAUAGCCGUUCAUUUGAAUUGCCGGAAGACUUUGAUGAUCUUGCAGGAGAUGAAUAUGGAGUUGGUGGAGCAAUGUUGCCUAUUUUUCUCAGCGGUUUACAGAGGAAUAACCAGCAAGACUUAGUUGAAGUUACGCUUGAGCUCGAGAAUGAUUCCAUUGUGUUUUGCAGCGUAACGCCGAGUACGACUCCACAACAGGUUGGUGCAGAAGAAAAGGAAGGUGGUUCCGUUAACGGUUCGUCGGGGAUUUUAGCGAGAAGCUUAUCGGCGACGUCGAGGAUCCGGAGGAAGUUCGCGUGGUUGAAAUCGGGAUCGUCAUCGAGAGCUUCAUCUUCGGCGGCGGAGGUUGAUCAGAUUCAAGACCGUCGGAUUACGGCUCGCGAUGAGAGGAGAAUCAAAGCCAAGCUUCAACGAACGAAAUCCAGCGCCGAACGAGCUUUGAAAGGGCUGAGGUUCAUCAGUAAAAACACCGGCGAAAAUGACGCGGUGGAGAUGUGGAAACGAGUUGAGUCGAGGUUCGAGUCGUUAGCCAAAGACGGUUUGCUUGCUAGAGAAGAUUUCGGAGAAUGUAUAGGUAUGGUGGAUUCAAAGGAAUUCGCAGUAGGCAUAUUCGAUGCAUUAGCAAGACGAAGACGACAAAGAAUCGAGAAAAUAACAAAAGAGGAGCUUCAUGAUUUCUGGUUACAGAUUUCAGAUCAGAGUUUCGACGCGCGUCUUCAGAUUUUCUUCGACAUGGCUGAUAGCAAUGAAGAUGGAAGAGUCACAAGGGAAGAAGUACAAGAGCUUAUAAUGCUUAGUGCUUCAGCCAACAAGCUUUCCAAGCUAAAAGAACAAGCUGAAGAGUAUGCAUCACUAAUCAUGGAAGAAUUGGAUCCUGAGAAUUUUGGGUACAUUGAGUUAUGGCAAUUGGAAACGUUACUCCUGCAAAGGGAUACAUACAUGAACUACAGUAGACCACUUAGCACAGCAAGUGUUGGUUGGAGUCAAAACUUAAGUUCCGUUAGACCCAAAAGCAUGUUCCGAAGAAUGUGCUUUAAACUCCGGUGCUUGCUACUAGAAAACUGGCGAAGGGGAUGGGUUUUGUUGCUUUGGAUUAUGGCAAUGGCUACCCUUUUUGUUUGGAAAUUCAUUCAAUACAAAAACAUGGCAGCAUUUCAAGUUAUGGGGUAUUGCUUAUGUACUGCCAAAGGGUCUGCCGAGACACUCAAGCUCAACAUGGCUUUGAUUCUUUUACCGGUUUGUCGCAACACAUUGACUUGGCUUCGUUCCACAAAAGCAAGAUCCUUUGUACCUUUUGAUGACAGCAUUAAUUUUCACAAGACAAUUGCAUGUGCAAUAGCUAUUGGAGUGUUGGUUCAUGGUGGAAGUCAUUUGGCAUGUGAUUUCAUCCGUUUAACUAAUGCUCCACCUGAGAAAUUUGCUCUCAUAGCAUCUGAUUUUAGUCACGGCAAACGACCGACAUAUCUGGAACUUUUGAUCGGUAUUCUAGGCAUUACGGGGAUAGCUAUGGUGGUUUUCAUGGCCAUUGCGUUUAUAUUAGCAACAAGUCACUUCCGAAGAAACAUCUUGAGAUUCCCUGCACCCUUCAAUAGAUUGACAGGCUUCAAUGCUUUCUGGUAUUCUCAUCAUCUUCUUGGCCUUGUCUACAUUUUGCUGGUUAUCCAUGGAACAUUCUUGUAUUUGUCUCACCAGUGGUACCAGAGAUCGACAUGGAUGUACAUAGCUGUUCCAUUGCUGCUGUACAUGGGAGAACGUACUGUAAGAGCAUGUAGAGCAGAACAUUAUUCAGUAAAAAUAUUCAAGGUCUCUGUACUACCAGGAGAUGUCUUCAGCAUGGUUAUGUCGAAACCGCAAGGAUUCAAGUACAAAAGUGGGCAGUACAUAUUUCUUCAGUGCCCAUCAAUCUCCCCAUUUGAAUGGCACCCAUUUUCUAUAACUUCAGCACCAGGAGAUGAGUAUCUUAGUGUUCAUAUCAGAACAGUUGGAGACUGGACUAAGGAACUUAAACGAGUUUUCACCGAAGUUAACGACUCACCGUUCGUUAUAGGCCGAGCGAGAUUCGGUGGCCCUGGAUACAUUGAUAAUAACUGCCAACCUAAGUUACUCGUCGACGGUCCAUAUGGGGCUCCAGCACAAGACUACAGGAACUAUGAUGUUCUACUCCUUGUGGGACUAGGAAUUGGAGCUACCCCUUUCAUAAGCAUCCUUAGAGAUCUAUUAAACAAUUCAAGACCAGAAGAUCAAAUGGAUUUAGCCACAGAAAUGAGUAGAUCAGAUGAUAGUUGGAACAGUCUUGCAUCUUCGAAUUACACCGCGAAUUCAAGUUUGACUAUCGGCGGAAAAAAGAAGUCACCGCCGAGGACUCGAAAUGCUUACUUCUAUUGGGUCACAAGGGAAUCAGGUUCCUUUGAAUGGUUUAAAGGAGUAAUGGAUGAAGUUGCAGAAAUGGAUCACAAAGGUCAAAUUGAGCUGCACAACUACCUUACAAGUGUUUAUGAAGAAGGAGAUGCAAGAUCAACCUUGAUAACAAUGGUCCAAGCUUUAAAUCAUGCUAAACAUGGUGUUGACAUCUUAUCAGGAACCAGAGUAAGGACUCAUUUUGCAAGGCCCAACUGGAAAGAAGUCUUCAGAAAAAUAGCUUCAAAACAUCCUCAUGCCACAGUAGGUGUGUUCUACUGUGGAAUGCCAGUGUUGGCAAAAGAAUUGAAGAAACUCUCAGUGGAAUUGAGUCACCUGACGUCAACGAGAUUUGAAUUCCACAAGGAAUAUUUUUGAGGCGUUAUCUAAUUCCAUUAAUGGAGUAAAUAGAUGCCAGUCAACCUAUUAUUCGUUUUUUUGUAACUAUAUAUAUUCAAAGAAAUAUAGCUGAUAUAUAUAAAUAAAUAUAUACACACAUACAUGGUAUUCAUAA